GCCACUGAAUGCCCUCGCUCGUCAUAACCACCAUCGGACGUACCAGCCAUCAUGAUCCUACUCGAGUCUCACAACGUCAUUAUAUAUACCACUCUGGCCGAAAAGGCGGCCAAACCUUCAUCUCUAGAUGUGGUAUUUGUAGAUUUUGAUGGUGUCAGGUUCCACAUGUCCACACCGGAAAAGAAGACCGUGAUACAGCUUUCCAUGAGCAUCCGUUGCUGGGAUGAGCUUGCACAAUAUGGUGCACUCGAUAUCUUGAAACGGGAGUAUGGAUCGUUGAUCAAGGCAGCUACCGAGCCCGAGUAUAACGUAACGCUUCAAAUUGACCUUGAACAGUUACCCGCUGAUGUAGAGAGCCGCGAAGCUAUCAUAAAGUCUGUUGCCCUGAUCAAGCGGAACGUGUUGGGAGCGCCCUUCGAGACGGCUUUCAGAGAGCAGAAAGAAUUGGAAGAUUCGGCGGGUUCUAGGGGGCAGUUCAUGCAAAUCCAUUAUCGCGAUGAGGAGGCCAUCUACAUUCGAGCAGCUUCGGAUCGCGUCACUGUCAUAUUCUCAACUGUUUUCCGAGAGGAAACCGAUAGGAUAUUUGGAAAGUUAUUCUUGCAGGAGUUUGUUGAUGCCCGACGACCUGGGAUUCAGAACGCGCCUCCCAGUAUCCAAAAUGCCCCUCAGGUACUGUACUCUAAUCGGGAUCCUCCUCUUGAGAUACGUGAUUUGCCUGGCCUUCGGCACUCCGAAGACAUAGGAUACGUCACCUUUGUCCUGUCUCCUCGACACUUCGCCAAGAGCGACGCUUCAUUCAACACCAUUUCACACAUUCAACUCUUUCGUGACUAUCUUCACUACCACAUCAAAUGUUGCAAGGCAUACAUGCACUCUAGAAUGAGACAUCGCGUGUCCGAGUUCCAGAAAGUCCUGAAUCGUGCAAAGAUGGAAACUGCAACAACGGAGAGAAAGACUGUCACGGGAAGGACCAUGGUGUCUCGCUGAACUCGCGGAUGGGAUGUUCUGAGACGGUAUCCUUCAUCCAGGGAUUGUAGAGGAAACCAUAGCACGUCUGUACAAUAGUCCUCUUAGGAGCGUUCCCGAAGGAAAGUACUGCAAUUUAAUGGAAUGCUUCUGAGCUCGCAGGGAUCUUUUCAGUCUGUUACAAUGUUGCCGCCUUUUCACGAACCCAAGGAGAGAAGAGCUUUGUCCAUGUGCACUGCCUCCCUUAUGGCUUUUCGUAAGCGUACCCGAUCUCCAGAGACCUGUCGUGCAACAGUCGGGUAACAUCCCCCAUAAAUGUCCUUUGUUAGCCCUUGGAAGCUGCGGAUUACAAGUGAUAGUCCAUCUUCUCAAAAAAAAAAAA